AUGGUGGUUAUACCAUCAAAUGUGGUGACAAUCAAAGAUCUCAAGAGUUUUAUGCAAAACAACGGACUCUUUGAUGAAAACAAUGAUAUUAUUAUCAUAUCUGAAGGAAUUAAUUGCUAUAAACUAUACCCCGAUGAAUAUAAACUGUCCAUGUUAUGUGACCGUAAGCCGAUGGCCGCCGGUCUAGGAUCAGGCGGUUCAGUGAGUGAUUGGCCGCUGAGUUCUUCGCCGAUCAGAGGGAAUCAAUUGAUGGCAAAUCGAGACAAAACCACACCUUAUAUUGAUAUUUACGAAAUGCUUAAUAAAAUUCAUAAUGAAAUGCGAGAUCAAAAUGAAAUGACAAACACUUUAUUGUGUAAUAUAUAUGACGAGAAGGAGAGAGCGUUGACAGCACUCCAAGACAUUAGACAAUUGGCCGAAGACUCGGAUGACAGCGAAUCCAGUGAUGAAAGUGUUGGCAAUAGUUUGAGACAAUCAGUGAUACAGACAUGUCUUGUAAAGCCAUUGUUGGCUGAGUUGAACGGAUCCACGGCUUCAAUGCGGACAAUGAUUGCGGGAAACAAUGAUUUGAGACAAAGAUUUAUUAAAAGUAAUGAAAGAGUGGCCAUAGAUUUGAAGCAAAAUGUGAGCGAUUUGUUGCCACAAAACAGUGGAUUAAGUGAAUUGAAGGCAUCGUUUCGUUUAGAUUUUUACUGA